ACCAGAUGCAGUGAGUGUAAGUGAUAGUGUAAGAAAACAUGUGGAAGGCUCCGAAGAUAGUGAAUAUUCUGAAACUGGUGUAGUUAACGAGGGUAUCGAAGAUUUGAGGUUGGAAGUUACCAAGUUGAAAUGUGAUCUAAAAUGUACUAGAAUGGAAACGGACUUUUUGAAAACUAUCAAUGAUGAAUUGAAGAAAGGAAUUGAACGUCAAGAAAAGAUAAUAUCCUUACUACACUUAUCAAAAGAGAACCAUAAUCUCUCCACCAUUGCCAGAUCUUCAAAUAUAUCUGAAACAUCGGAGAAAAAAACUGGGACCAUUCCAAAAAGAGGU